AUGAUGUUGAUAGAAAAACUACUUGGUAUCUUUUAAAUUUUAAAAUUAAUUUAGCUUUCCUUCCAACUGAAAUAAAUCCUUCUCUUAUCAACUAGUAAGUGUGGAUUGAACAAUAAAUCUCUAUCAAUCAAAAAGAAAAAGAAAAUAAGGAACGAGUAAAAUUAAAUGGCAACAAAAGAGCCUUUUUAUUUCAUGUAAAGUUCAUUUUAAAUUUUCUUAUGUGA